UCCACACUCAUAAUGUCUGUCGUUGGUCGGGCCGCUCUUAUUACCGGUGCUGCGUCCGGUCUUGGCCUCUCGUUCUCUCGUGCACUACUUGAGAAAGGCUAUGGAGUGAGCAUGAUAGACGUGAACCGUUGGGAAGGCAACAAACAGGUGCGAAUCCUUCAAGACACGUUUGGGCGGGAAACGGCAAUAUUCACUCAGUGUGACGUAUCCGAUGGCUCUCAACUGGCGUCCGCUUUCAAAAAGGCUUUCGACCACUUCGGUCGUCUAGACGUAGUGUGUAACAACGCUGGAGUGAGUUCACGAGCAGACUGGCACAAGACGAUUGAUAUCAACUUGAAUGCUGUGAUCCAUGGAACGUUCUUGGCGCUCGAGUAUAUGAGCACGCAACGUGGUGGUCACGGUGGUCUGGUUGUAAACACGGCUUCUUUUGGUGGCCUCGUUCCGAUGUCGUUUGAACCAACUUACAGUGCUUCGAAACAUGGAGUGAUUGGAUUCACUAGGAGUUUGUUUAGAUUGGUCGACUCUGAUGGUGUUCGAGUCAACUCUCUGUGUCCAUCUUUUACCGAUACUCCGAUGGUUGUGGAGGGUAGAAAGAACCCGGAUUUUGACAAAAUGUUGGAAGUAACUGGCGUUCUUAGUAUCGAUGAGGUGACUCGGGGUCUGUUGCAGCUGAUUAGGGAUGAAGACAAGAGUGGGGAAGUGCUCACUGUGACGAUGAAACAUGGAUUACGUUAUGAGAGGUUUAGGUAUGAGGCCGCAAAGCUCUGAAGUGACUCGUGCUGUUCGUUUGAUGAAAAGGUAGGUUUGUAACUAUGAUUGACUUAGAUGUUGUACUGUAUGACUUACAGUUGUCUUGAUUGUCCUUGGCAGCUUGAUAUCAGUUUUUAUGAGAUUCUAGAUUUAUUUGAAUUUUGAUGUAAUUUGUUGAUAUUAUAGCUGCAUUGAGUUGGGCAGAUGAGCUAAUGUUUUACAUGCAUUUGCUACUAAAGACAUCAGUCAGCUCGCUUGUAUUUAUUUACAUCUAUUUGCUAAAGACAAAGUGGUCGCUUGUUGACAGAGAAUCUAUGGCUCUGUAUAGUCUCGCGUAGCCAGACCUUUGG